CAGCGCGAGCAGGUGUUGCCCCUUGCAUUUGAUCAGCUGUUUGCGUGGCUUUUUUGUAUUUGCACGCUUUUUAGCCGAACUUAAAUCAUUUUUGUGUGGAAAUGACGAAUUCCGAGUUCCAGGCAGUAGUUUUUGCCGCUGGGCGUGGCACCCGCCUGCCCGAAGUCCUGGGAGACGCCCCCAAAUGUCUGCUGCCCGUGGGACCGUAUCCCCUUAUCUGGUAUCCAUUAAAUCUGUUGCAACAACACAACUUUUCAGAGGUCAUUGUGGUGGUUCUGGAGCAGGAGAAGCUGGAGAUCCAAUCGGCUCUCGAGAACACUCCCCUCAAGCUGAAACUGGACUAUGCCACGAUUCCCGGCGACAGCGACUUUGGAACUGCGGACAGUCUGCGCUAUAUUUACGACAAGAUCAAGUCCGACUUUCUGGUUGUGAGCUGCGAUCUGGUCAGCAAUGUCAAUCUGUAUCCGCUGAUCAACAAAUUCCGCGAACAUGACGCCUCCUUGGCGCUGCUCCUCUUCCCCAGCGGAUUCGAGUCAGAUGUGGUGAUGCCGGGUCCCAAGAGCAAGCACAAGCCGGAACGAGAUGUUAUAGGCAUCCAUGCGGCCACGCAGAGAUUAGCCUUUGUGUCAGCUGCCAGUGAUUGUGAGGAAACUCUGAAUAUCCAGCGACAACUGCUCAAGAACCGGGGUAGAUUGGAUGUGUACAGUCGCCUGGUGGAUGCGCAUGUCUAUGUGCUUAAAAAGUGGGUCAUCGAUUACCUUCGGAGGAAGGAGAACAUAUCCACAUUUAAGGGCGAGUUCCUGCCGCAUUUGAUCAAGAAGCAGCACUCCAAAAGACUGCCUAAAGCUGUGCAGGACACCACCUCCGAAGUGGGCGUGAUCACCAAGAAUGAGGAUAAUGUUUUGCAUUACGUGCCCCACUCCAUUCUGGACCAAAAGAUCACGCAGGCCUCGCUGUUUAACCAAUCUCUGUCUCAAGUUCCAUAUCAUGGCGACAUGGUGCGUUGCUAUGGCAUACAGGCACCCAAGGAAGCUAUUGGCGUGCGGGUGAACAACACUCUGACUUUCCUGGCCAUCAAUCGGAAGUUGGCCAGUAUUUGGAACGAUCUGUGUGGUGCAAAGCACCCACUGAUCUCCCCUGGAGCUGUGGUGAAAUCGACUCAAACGAAGGAGAUCAUUGCUGCCGACAAUGCCAAGCUGUCCGAGAAGACCUCACUGAACUUUAGCGUGUUUGGACCCAACUGCAUCAUCAAUCCCAAGAACAUUGUGGCCAACUCGAUCAUCAUGUCCAACGCCAUUGUGGAGGAGGGCUGCAACAUCGACAACUGCAUCAUUGGCCAUCGGGCGCAGGUAAAGAGUGGAUCGGUGCUGAAGAACUGCAUUAUUGGACCCAACUACGUGGUGGAGGAGGACACCCACAGCCAGGCUUUGCAUCUGUCCAACGCGGAUCAGUUUAUGGAGAUAGACAUACAGUGAGCGGCUAACUUAAUGUGGCUUCCUUUAUUAACGAAUUGAGUUAGAAGGCGGAUUCUUCUAGCAGGACAUUAAAUAUUACAAAUAGG